GAGGUGGUCUAACUAUUGUCGUCAUGGGAACAAUAGGUAAGGGGCAGUGCGUGACUAAAGGUAAUAAUCAAAGGUGGUUAUCUACAUACCAGAUGUGCAGCAUACAUAUCGAUUGUUUAGGAAGAGGUUACAUAGUUUCAGGGUCUUCAAAGAAGUUAGGAGGACAGCGAGUAUAUAAUUAACGGAAUAUAGACCCCCUCAUCCUUGGGGGCUGCUGUUUGUUCUUUGAGAUAUGUUAUUGCUAGUUCUGCCUGUUUUUACAAGGCUUCCAGGACAGAGGGAAGACGUUAAUCAGUAAUAGGCUUUAGAAAGGAGGACAAAGGACUCUGCUUAAAGAAUUAUGUUCCCUGGAGAAGUGCCUUGCACGAUUCUCCUUCCAUUGCCAGACCUUGUCACAAUACAAUGGCAGCUAGAUUGGGGGAAUGCUUCCCACAAGUAUACAUAUAAAGAAAUGGUGGCUUAAUAAUCCCCAAAGUAAUAUUCCUGGCACUCUAAUCCUCUAAUCCUUUCUUUAGACAGUAGGAUCAAGAGUGAGAUCCUAAUUAUAUGCAAUUAUGUACCCGACAACUCUUGCAAAGUACUACGCAAAUAUUGAUCUGGAAGAAGUCCCUGGACAGCUAGAAAGAGAGCGCGCGCGCGCGUGUGUGCGUGUGUGUGUGUGUGUGUCUGUGUGUGUCUGUGGAGCACCCUGGGGUAAAGCCGCAUCCUUCCGCCUAAGCGAAGGCCUGACAGGGACCGCGGAGAAGCCGAGUAACUGUCCCCCAAACGUCUGCCCUCCCCGCCCUGGAAGGCCCCGCCCUUGCCCGGGGACCCCUUAACUCCGCUCCCGCAGUUCAGCACCCGGAAGACCACCGCUGGCACUGCCUCCCCGCCGGCAGCGCGCGCCCCGAGGCCCCGCCCCACUUGCAGCCUCAGCCUCCCGGCGGCUCCUCAUGUUUCUCCGAACGAGUGUGGCCGCGCUCACUCCUCUUCUCCACGCUCUUCGGUCUGCUCCUGUCGCCGCCAUGAGCACUGGCACCUUCGUCGUGUCGCAGCCGCUCAAUUACCGCGGCGGGGCCCGCGUGGAGCCGGCGGACUCGUCCGGCAUCGAGAAGGCGUUCGAGCCGGCAACGGGCCGAGUGAUAGCUACUUUCGCAUGUUCUGGAGAAAAGGAAGUAAAUUUGGCUGUUCAGGAUGCAAAGGCAGCCUUUAAAAUAUGGAGUCAGAAAUCUGGCAUGGAGCGUUGCCGAAUCCUUUUGGAGGCUGCCAGGUUAAUAAGGGAACGGAGGGAUGAAAUUGCCAAGGUGGAGACCAUCAACAAUGGCAAGUCCAUCUUCGAGGCCCGCUUCGACAUUGACAUUUCCUGGCAGUCCCUGGAGUACUAUGCAGGCUUGGCUGCAUCCAUGGCUGGCGAACAUAUCCAGCUCCCAGGAGGAUCCUUUGGUUAUACCAGAAGAGAACCACUUGGCGUGUGUGUGGGAAUAGGAGCCUGGAACUACCCCUUUCAGAUUGCCUGCUGGAAGUCUGCUCCAGCCUUAGCUUGUGGUAACGCCAUGAUCUUUAAGCCUUCUCCCUUCACACCUGUGUCUGUCUUGCUGCUGGCUGAAAUCUAUACUGAGGCUGGCGUGCCUCCUGGGCUCUUCAACGUGGUGCAAGGAGGGGCUGCCACAGGCCAGUUUCUGUGUCAGCAUCACGAUGUGGCCAAAGUCUCCUUCACUGGAAGUGUGCCCACUGGCACGAAGAUCAUGGAGAUGUCAGCGAAAGGAAUCAAACCUGUUACCUUGGAACUUGGAGGCAAAUCUCCACUGAUCAUCUUCUCAGACUGUGAUAUGGAGAAUGCUGUGAAGGGGGCGCUGAUGGCCAACUUCCUCACGCAAGGCGAGGUUUGUUGUAAUGGCACAAGGGUAUUUGUGCAAAAGGAAAUUCUUGAUAAGUUUACAGAGGAAGUGGUGAAACAGACCCAAAGGAUAAAAAUUGGAGAUCCCCUUCUGGAAGAUACAAGGAUGGGUCCUCUGAUCAACCGGCCACACCUGGAGCGAGUCCUCGGGUUUGUUAAAGUGGCAAAGCAGCAGGGUGCCAAAGUGUUAUGUGGUGGAGACCUGUAUGUACCUGAAGAUCCCAAAUUAAAGGAUGGGUAUUACAUGAGACCUUGUAUAUUAACUAAUUGCAGAGAUGACAUGGCCUGUGUGAAAGAAGAGAUCUUUGGACCAGUUAUGUCCAUUUUAUCAUUUGACACUGAAGCUGAGGUUCUGGAGAGAGCCAAUGAUACCUCUUUUGGACUAGCUGCUGGUGUCUUCACCAGGGACAUCCAGCGUGCUCACAGAGUGGUGGCUGAGCUUCAGGCUGGAAUGUGCUUCAUUAACAACUAUAAUGUCAGCCCAGUGGAGCUGCCCUUUGGUGGAUAUAAGAAGUCAGGGUUUGGCAGAGAGAAUGGCCGUGUGACAAUUGAGUAUUACUCACAACUAAAGACUGUGUGCGUGGAGAUGGGUGAUGUGGAAUCUGCUUUUUGAAAAUGUGCAGUGGAACCAGUCACCGUGGCCAAGCUCUGGACUAAUGAGAAUCGGCUCUCUUGACGAGAGGCAGUGCCAUUUAAAAUCCGUGCCGUUUUAAAUCCAGGGUUUUGGUCAGUCAGGUUAAGAGAAUGGUUCAGUGUUAUUCUUCAUCACUCAAUCAUCUUCCUAAUUGAAAAUGUGCGUAAGUGCCUUUGAGAUACUAAUCAAGAAAGCUGUGAUUUUCCUCAAAGCAAAUUUCUGUGAUGUCUUUAAGACCCAGUAACAUACUUCUGGAGAACAGAGAGAGUGGCACCAGGGUUAUGCUUCUUCCACAGAUUUGACCCACUGAUGGUGUUCAUUCUUUAGCUUCCUUGAGAGAACUUCUACCCUUAGAGGGUCCUGGUGAGAUAAGGAGAGAUGAUUUCUGCUCACUGACGUUUUAAGCUCUGUCUCCUGUCAUUCCAUUGAGAAAGUGGACAGUCGGGUUAGAGGGGAUCAGAUAGUGGACGGGGUCGGCUCUGUGUGACUGUUGACUUGCCAGAGCGAGCGCUUGGUUUCCAUUCAGUGCUGUGGUGGAGGAAGCCUGUCUCCAGUCCUUGAACCACAGCAUGCUCUCUUAGGACAGAAGGGUUACCUUUCAAGUGUACGUAUUAUUUGUUUGCUCCUGUAGUAUACUGAAGUUCAAUAAAUCAUACUGUUAAUCCUU